AUGGAUGAAUCAAGUACCUACCUGGUGAUCAGAGAGCGGCUGGUUGAACUGCCGGAAGCACGCGUCUGCUCGAGAAAAGUAGCGUGUAUAUUCAGUGAAUUCAUUCCGUGUGUGUUGAAUAGUUUGCUAACUAAAGAGUCGCGAUUGGCCAUAGGUAUAAGUUUACGGAGGGGCAUCGACCCGUCUUGCAUCAGCUUGGCAUCGUACUGGCAGAUUCCCCCCUUCAGUGCCACCAAUACACAAGGGCCGAGGACUCGCUAUCGCCGACCAUUGGUCCUCAAUUUGCCGACCAAUCAUUGGGAAAGUGCCCACGAAAAUAUCCAAUAUAGUACAAAGAUGGAUCAGCUGACAGAGGGGCAAGCUGUUAUGGUUGGAGGAGCUGGCGGAACUGUUCAAGUUGUACAGAUGGGCCAGGGUGGACAAGCAAUGAUGCUUCCCCAGCAGCAACCACAAACACCCCAGAUUAUCCAGACACCUGAUGGACAGACUUAUAUUUACCAGCCGGUUCAACUUGACAACCAAGUUCAGCAAGCUCAACAGACCGUCAUCAUCAAUGGAAACCUGAUGCAAAUAGCGGGGACGUCGCAAGCAGCAGCUGCUGCUGCAUCCCCGUCGCCGGUCCAGCAAAUCUCGAGUCCUACAUCGGCAACUCAGGCAGGAAAUAUUGUCAUGAUGGUGCCUGGUAAUGGAGGACAAACACAAUUCCAAAGAGUAGCGUUACCCAAUGCUGAAUUUCUUGAAGAAGAACCGCUUUAUGUUAACGCUAAACAUUUAAAUUCAAUGAGAUCAAUGCCAUUAGCAACAAACGCAAAUCAGCAUCACGAUAAUAUGACAUCGACAAUCAUCAUUGAAAGCGCGGGAGGCACGGCCCUUUCAGAUAUGAUCUCGGAUAGCGGGAUAGUCACAGAAGGACACUGA